GAGUGACGUAUGCAAUGACGCCCAAAAGUUCCAUCUUUUCCAAAUAACAAUUUGUCGUUUGUCCCGUGUACCCUUCGCAAAUCGUCACGUUCUUCCACUGAUUCCUCACUCCCAGUGCGUCCAACGUUCACCAGAUUUCUGAGGAAGAAAGGAAAAUGUCGAGCUCUCAGUGCUUUGAGAACCCACCGAACCUGAGCUCGACCUGUGGAGCAGGACGUGUUGAAGAGCUUGCAGGCCUAAAAACUUACGUCACUGGCCCUUCGGAUUCCAAGCGUGCUGUUCUUCUCAUCGCUGAUGUUUUUGGGUAUGAGGCUCCUAAGCUGAGGAAACUCGCAGAUAAGGUUGCAUCUGCAGGAUUCUUGGUGGUUGUACCCGAUUUCUUGUUCGGGGAUCCCAUUGAUCUCAGUAAUCCUAAUUUUGACAGAGAAGCUUGGAGGAAAAUUCAUAGCACGGAUAAAGGGUAUGAAGAUGCGAAGCCAGUGAUUUCAGCUCUUAAGAGUAAAGGCGUGUCUGCCAUUGGGGCUGCAGGAUUUUGUUGGGGAGGAAAGGUCCUAGUCAAAUUAGCAGGCACUGAAGACAUUCAAGCAGCAGUUAUUCUGCACCCUGGUCGUAUGACUGAAGAUGAAAUCGAAGCCAUCAAGAUUCCAACUGCCAUAUUGGGAGCCGAGAUUGACCAUGCUUCCCCUCCCGAAGAACUCAAAAAGUUCGGGGAGAUCAUGUCGGCCAAAACUGAGUUUGAGAGUUAUGUGAAAAUAUUCCCUAGCGUUAGCCAUGGAUGGAGUGUGAGGUACGAUGAUGACAACGAAUUCGCUGUCAAGAGCGCCGAAGAGGCCCAAGAGGACACGUUGAAAUGGUUUUUGAAGCAUGUCAAGUGAAGAGAAGGCCUUUUAAACGGAAUAUAGUGAGGGAAGCAGUAGAUGACUGCAUUGUGUGAGAUGAACAUUUUGAGGAUUAGACAUCUGUUUUAAGCAGCGUAUUGUACUCUGUCGCUUAAGAGAAAUAAGAUCGCGGUUUCGUCCCUCAAACUUUGAAGAUUGAAAACAUAACGUGUCGUGUCGAGUUGUAUCAUGCCAAUUUGGAUUUGUUCAAUUCGAUUGGAGGUGUUCACUGUCAACUAGACGAGGACCACAAGGGGAAUAAAAAAUAGCAGAUGCUUUGUUCA